AUGUCUGGAUGGGUGAUAGCUGCUAUGGACGCACUCAACUAUGUGGGUGCAGUAAGCUUCACACCCGAAAGCGAUAUCCCAGAUCUGACCGGGAAGGUCAUCUUGGUCACAGGCGGAAAUGCAGGUUUGGGCAAAGAAACAGUCCUCCAGCUGGCCAAGCACAAUCCGAAGAAGAUCUUCCUCGGCGCGCGUUCGAAAGUCAAGGCAGAAGAAGCCAUCAAGUCGGUUAAAUCAUCCGUUCCAAAUGAUGUCGAGAUUAGCUGGAUACCGUUGGACUUGAUGUCAAGUAAAUCGAUCAAGAACGCAGCGGAACAAGUCAACGCCCAGUCGACCCGUCUCGACGUCCUAAUCCUCAAUGCUGGCGUGAUGGCUCUGCCUCCCGGUGAGACGGAAAUGGGCCAUGAAAUCCAGCUUGGCACUAACCAUACCGGGCACUUCUAUCUCACCAAAUUGCUGCUGCCGACACUGCUCAAAACGGCCGAGGAGCCUGGCUCGGACGUCCGCGUCGUGUCGCUCACUUCCGUGGGGCAUAAUUUCGCGCCGGCAUUUGAGAAAAUCCUGGACCAAGAGAAGCUCAAGAAGGUCAACACAAGUUCCCGGUACGGAGCGUCGAAGGCUGCCAAUAUUCUCUUCGCUGCGGAACUCAGCAGGCGGUAUCCGUCGAUAACGUCGGUGUCGGUUCAUCCAGGUAUUAUCAUAACGAAUUUGUAUGACGCUCUGAAUUCGUCUUCUAUAUUUGCUGCUUUGGGUACCAAGUUUUUGCGUUUGUUUGGUUCCACAGUGCAACAGGGCGCGUGUAACUCGCUGUGGGCUGCUGUUGGUGCGAAGAAGGAGGAGCUCACUAAUGGAGGAUAUUAUGUGCCUGUUGGAAUUUUGAAACGUCGAAACAUUUGGGCGUGCAAUGAGGAUAUGGGGAAGCGCUUAUGGGAUUGGACUGAGUUGGAGCUCACCAAGGCCAAUCUGUGA